UUUGCUCUAUGGAGAGACGGUUUUUAAUCUAGUCCAAAAGCAUUUAAGCAGCAGUGCGAAGCACUUGAAGUACAGCAGAUUCCAGACGGAGAGCAGUGGCUUCAAUCAUUUAACCUUAAGGGAUCAGACACAGUUCUGGGAAUCUGGCUUCAAUUUAAAGGAAUCGGGUGCUCUUCACCCAGAGAACCAAGAAAAAUAUCUAUCAGGUGAGACAGGCAUAACUGAGCCAUGGGCAAUCAAAAUCAAUUGCUAGUAAUCAUCCUUCUCUUUGGUAUGGAAGUUAUGUGUCAGGAUUAUAUUGACAACUACAGCCCUAUAUAUGACUAUGACGUUGAACCAACAAAGCAACCAACUGACGUACCUGUACAAAUUCCUUCCCCAACUACUACUGACUAUGCUGAUCCAUACAUGUAUUACCCAUAUGAGUGUGCCAGGGAAUGUUUUUGCCCACCUUCCUAUCCGUUUGCAAUGUACUGUGACAAUCGGAAUCUGAAAAGCAUUCCCAAUAUUCCUCGUCACAUCCGUCACCUAUAUAUUCAGUUCAAUGAAAUCGAAGCUGUGAACGCAAAAUCCUUCACUAAUGCGACAUCUCUUAGAGAAAUUAACUUGAGCCACAACAAGAUAAAGUCCUCUAUGGUGGACCGUGGUGUUUUUUUCCAAAUAAAACAACUGCUUCAACUUCACUUAGAGUACAAUAAUCUGGAAGACAUUCCAGCCCCUUUACCAAACAGUCUUCACAGACUCUUUCUUGGGUUCAACAAGAUCUCUAAGUUGUCACCAGAUGCCCUUCAAGACCUGACGAACCUAACAAUACUUGAUCUCUGCAACAACAAGCUGAUAGAUGCUGCAGUUAAAGGAAAAAUCCUGAGUCGUAUGAAAAGGCUCAUGCAAAUUAACUUGUGCAACAACAAGCUGAAAUCCAUGCCAUCUGACCUGCCAAGUUCUUUACUGCAACUGUCGUUGGAGAACAACUCCAUCUCUUCUAUCCCUGAAGGGUACUUCAAGAAAACUCCAAAUCUCAUAUCCCUUAGGAUAUCAUACAACAAACUCAAGAAUGUUCCCUACAAAGUAUUCAACAUGUCAAAUCUGAUGGAGCUAAACCUUGGUCACAACCAACUGUCUAAAGCCUUCUUUAUCCCAAGAGUCCUGGAGCACCUAUACCUCAAUCAUAAUGAGUUUGUUGAUCUGAAUGUUUCCGUUUUGUGUCCUACAAUUGAUCUAUUAAGACCCAAUCUGCUUACCUACAUUCGCAUUGAUCAGAACAGGCUGAAAGGCCCAAUAAACUAUUACAUCUACCAGUGCUUCCCACGCAUUCAGAAUAUCUUCUAUGGUGAACAACAGGUCAUUGAAAACUACCUCCCACCUCCAGUAUUCCAACCAGGGCGCCCCCGUUUAAGAGGAAAUAUACCUGCUGAGCCCGAAUCAGUACUAGUUGAAGAGUAUCCAAAAGAAGACUGAAAGAACUGCUAUAUUUAUUCAUAAUGCUAAGAAGUAAAAUUGGUACUCAAAAAUACAGUGGCUUUUAUCUUUGUACUCACAUCACUUAAGAAUUCACCCCUAUCCAGUUCUUUACAGUUUCAGAAGAAGGCUUGUGACUGUCCUUGAAUUCUCCUUUGAUCAAACACAUUGUUUGAUCAGACAUUAUUAACAUAAAUGUAUGACAAGUAAUGCAAAGAAGGAGAACUGAACAAUUUCUAGGUUAUCUACAAAAACUAUCUUGCAUACUAGGCUUGAAUGUGUUGGCUGAAUAGUUAAUGCAUGAGAUAUAUAUUUAGUUCUGAUUAGUUUUAUUUAUGAAUAAUGUAGGCAUGAAUAAUUGACUGGUACACAAGUCAAAAAUUGUCCUCUUCUCUGCAUGUAAGGCUUCUAUCAGUUGAAAAAUGAAAAUGAGUUAACCAGCUGUUCCCUUUUUUAUUUAACCUGGAAAAAUAGAGAUGAUUUUCCAAGUACAAAGAUUCAGGAUUAAUUCUACUCUCAACUGUUUGUUUUUAUACAUACUGUAGAUGAAUACUUGACUUUUUCAUGCUUUGUGGGCCUUAACAAGCCAGUGUACAUAAUAAAACAAUUAAAAAAUCUUG